ACUCGCUGCUGCUGGGCGCGCGCGUCGGCUCCCGGGCUUCGCUCCCCGCGCUCGGCUCCCCUCCGCGCCCUCCGCUCCCCGAUUACUUGCUGUUCGUGCAUCGCACGAUGACUCUGGAAGAGGUCCGCGGCCAGGAUACAGUUCCGGAGAGCACAGCCAGGAUGCAGGGCGCCGGGAAAGCGCUGCACGAGCUGCUGCUGUCGGCGCAGCGCCAGGGCUGUCUGACCGCUGGCGUCUACGAGUCCGCCAAAGUCCUCAACGUGGACCCUGACAACGUGACCUUUUGCGUGCUGGCCGCCGACGAGGAGGAUGAGGGCGACAUAGCCUUGCAGAUCCACUUCACGCUGAUCCAGGCGUUCUGCUGCGAGAACGACAUCGACAUCGUGCGCGUGGGGGACGUGCAGCGCCUGGCUGCCAUCGUCGGCGCCGGCGACGAGGCGGGCGCGCCGGGGGACCUGCAUUGCAUCCUCAUUUCGAACCCUAAUGAGGACACGUGGAAGGACCCUGCCCUGGAGAAACUCAGCUUGUUCUGCGAGGAGAGCCGCAGCUUCAACGACUGGGUGCCCAGCAUCACCCUUCCCGAGUGACAGCCCUGCGGGACGUUGGUCUGAUCGACUUGGUGACGCUCCAGCGCUCUGCUGGCUCUGGAGCGGCCCUCCGAGGGCGCUCGAGUGCGCAUGGAGACUGGCAGGCGGUGUUGCCUGGAAAGCGAGGAGCGCGGCCUCCCAAGAAGGGGGCCUGGAGGCGGCGGGGACCCCUUGUUCCGAGCUCAGGACUCUGCCAGGGUCCGGAGAGGCUGCUCGCGCAGGAAGGCCUAGGCCGGGACGGUGGCCGCAGGGCCGGGAAGAGCCGCCUGGCGAGGCAGGUGUGACUCAGCAGCCUUCCCGUGAAAGGAGGGGAAAGGCAGCGCAGGCGGCCUGGACUUGGACAGCUGCAGGGGCGGCCAGCUGCAGGAGCGAGCCGGACUUCAGCAGGCUGCACUGCUGUGUGGAAACGGAUCCCGGGCAAUGCUUUCAUUUUCCAAAGGACGCUAUCGUGGAAGCUUUGAAUUUCACAAUAAACUUAUUGAAACAAA